AUGACUUCUGAAACAACCAACCCUAAAUCUACCUCAGCUGUUCAAGGUAAUGGUAUCCUAGAAAAAUCGGAUUCUGAAAAAGGAAAAAUGUCCUUUGCUAAAGUUUUAUUAUCUGGUGAUAACAAUUCUUCUAAAGGAACUAUUGUUUAUUCAUCUACUUCAAAAAAUACCAAACCCACAACAGAUAUUGAUUCUUCUAGUAUUACAAAUGGAAAUUCAAACAAGGGCAACCGGAACAACAAAAAAAGAAACAUAAGAAGAAAUGGAAAUAGAAUAAAGAAUGAUCUUAAGACACUUGUUAAUGAUAAGUUACAGGAAUCAAUCAAUGAAGCUAAAGGUAAGAUGUCUGUUAGUUUUGAAAAUAGCAACAAAAAUAGUGGUAAAGUUGUCUUGUCUCCCGCACCAAUGCCAGUUAAAAAUGCUUGGUUUAGUGGAAAUAGUGAAAUUUUGCGUAAAAAUUUAAUUUUAGAAAAGGAAGCAAAAUGUCCUAUUUCAUCGGAGAAUAAUUUUCUUCCUUUCUCAACAGUACCAUCAAUUGGUACUGGUGAAAAAAAUGUUAAGGAAGGACAAUUUGUUAAGAUAGAGAGUGAAGAAGAUCAAUCAAAUCAAAGAGAUAAGAAAAUAAAAAAUAAUAAUAAAAAAGAAAAAGAUAAAAAACAUUUUGAAAAUUACAAUAAUGGAGAAGUUGGUGAACAUGUAGAUAAGCAAGUAUUUAUAAACGAUGAUAAAGUAGAGAGUGUUAUAUCGGCUAACGUUGAUAGUGUAGAAAUUUCGGGCAAUGUUUCUAAUGAUAAUGUAGACAACCAACAAUCUGGUGAAAAAACAAGGAAAAAAGUUUUUAGUAAAACCGUCAAGAAAUACCAUGAAUCACCUAUUAAUGGAAAUCAAGAGGAUGAUGGUUUUGAUGGUGAUUGGAAGGAUAGUGAAAAUUUCAAAGAUGAUACUCAAUAUUGCUACUAUGACAAGGGAACUGAUGGUUAUUAUUAUCAAAAUCAAGGUCAUCAAGGUUGGAAGAAGAAUGGAAAAAAUAAUGUUUCAUCACCUCCUGAAAAAAAUAUUUCACCUAGAAUAACAGGUCCUCCAGAGUGUAAUAAUUUAAAUGGUGAAAUUCCAGUAAAUGAUCAAUCAAAAGAUGGUAGUAAUAAUUUUAAUAGACGUCAUAAACCUUAUAGAGGACGUCGUUCUGGAGAACAUAAUUCUAAUGAAUAUGAUUAUCGUGGUAAUAAACAAAAUAAUCAUUAUAAAGAACGUGGUCAAUUACCAUCAUGGGAUGAGGGGGCUCCAAAUACUGGAGAUGGAACAGAAGAUGGUGAAGAUUAUAUGGAAAGACUUGAAAACCAAUUUAAAAAAAUGGGACCAUAUUAUAGUUUACCAUCAUUUGACUCAACAAAAGUUGCUGAAGCAACGGCUGCAGUAGUAUCAGUUGAACCACAAUUAUUUAUACCCAUACCAAAUUUAACGCAUCAAGCAGUUAUAUUCCCACCAGAUAUAGCUACAUUUAAUAAAUUUUCAAACCAGCCAUUUAUCACUACUGCUUUCCCUUCAUUGCCUCAUGUGCCUUAUACUCCUUACUUUCAACCACAAUAUAGAAAUCCAUCUUUUGGAAGUGUAAUGAGUGUAGAUCAAAUUAAAGAUUGUAUUUUACGCCAAAUAGAAUAUUAUCUAUCAGAAGAAAAUCUUAUUAAAGAUUUCUUUAUACGUAGAAAAAUGGAUGAAAAUGGAUAUAUUUCAUUAUCAUUAGUUGCAGGUUUCCCAAAAAUCAAAAAUUUAACUAAUGAUAUAAAUCUUGUUAUUGAAGCUAUGAAAUGUAGUACUACACUGGAAAUGUCCGAUGAUUAUCAAUUUAUUAGAACAAAGAUUAAUCCUGAAAGUUGGCCUUUGAUAGACGAAACAAAAAAUACGACAGAGGAGACAAAUAAUGUUUCUGUGACGGUUUAA